UAGUUCUGCAUGCACAGAAAAAGUGGAUUUCUCCAGUUUCCAAAAUCUCUUGCACGUUUACCUACUAAAGAGAAGUCUAAUAGGUAGUAGGUUUUUGUGUAUAUAUGGUGAUAGAAGCUUGGAAACUCCCACACUUCAAGUAAGAAAGGGCGAACAGUAAAUCGGAAAGUUGGAAGAAAAAAUGGCUAGUUUCUCACAAGUCGCCAAAGCAUGCAGGUCACUGAAAUUUCUUGUCGUUGAGGACCCUGUCGAAAGAUUCGCGAUAAAGCGAAGGAUGAAGCAGAGAUCCAAGCAACUCCGAAUGAGGUCGAGAACGAAGAAACAGCGGAUUACCAGGUUAUGCAGUGAGUGGGCUUUACAUGCAAUCAACAAUGUUGCAUGCGGCUGGGAAAGGGGGAGUAAGAUUAAGAACAUAUCAAUGGUGUGGCAGAAUGAGAUGAUUGGAAUAAAAUGGUCGGGGAAGCAUCAGGAAAUUAGGGCUGGUUUGGGUUUUGCUUUAUUGGAAGACGUUCAAUUUGUGGCUGAUGUUAUGGGAAGUGUGGGACUGCAGAUAAAUCCGAGAAUGGUUGAGAUAUCCAAUUCAGUGUAUCUUGGUAGAAUCGUCUUUGAAAGUGAAAGUGACUGGAUUAUAUGGGCAGAUUUGGUGAAGAAGCUUAAAACAAUGGUUUAGGUGUUGAUGGCUAGACUGGAUGAAGUGGUUUUGCAGUUUGGAAGAGCAGCAGUUUGUUUUGAAUGAUGUUGUUGGGUUCUUUUGUUUUAAAUCUAUCAAGUUUAAUGUAAUGUUUGGAACCUUUUUUAUGUUAUAUUGAUAUUCUGUAUUUGAAUUUUAACAGAACAUGGUUUGAUAAC